AUGUCGUCUCGCCGCCGUAUCGACCAUGACGGGACGGGACGCGAUCGCCGUCGUGACCGGUCGAAGGAGAAGAAGGAGCGGCUCAAGUCGAGGUCAAGAUCCAGAUCCCCGAGGUCCCCGAAGCGUGCACCCCUACCAAAGCCUGAACCGGUGGAGAAACAUCCUAAGAAUGUGAUGAACCCGCUCAACGGACAGACCUUCACCAAGCGCUAUUGGGACAUCUACGAAAAGCGCACGAAGCUCCCGGUUUGGGAGUACAAGGAAGCUUUCCUCGAAACGCUGCACAACAACCAAUGUAUGACGCUGGUGGGAGAAACCGGAUCCGGAAAGACGACGCAAAUUCCACAAUGGUGCCUGGAGUACGCCAAAAAACAUGCUAUGCCCGGGAAGAAAAGCCUUGUCGCCUGCACGCAGCCCCGGCGUGUUGCUGCGAUGUCAGUUGCCCUGCGUGUUGCCGAUGAGUUGGAUGUAGUCAUCGGGCAAGAAGUCGGAUACUCGAUCCGUUUUGAGGACUGCAUCAGCGACCGCACGAUUUUAAAGUACUGCACUGACGGAAUGUUGCUGCGUGAGGCGAUGAACUGCCCGUUAUUGGAAUCGUACUCUGUGCUGAUCCUCGAUGAAGCCCACGAAAGGACUCUGGCCACGGAUAUUUUGAUGGGGCUGAUAAAGGAGAUAGUCAAGCAGAGAAAGGACAUAAAGGUCGUCAUCAUGUCCGCGACCCUUGAUGCGGGCAAGUUCCAGAAUUACUUCGACAAUUGUCCGCUAAUGUCGGUGCCCGGUCGUACAUUCCCAGUCGAAAUCUUCUUCACGCCGGAGCCCGAGAAGGACUAUCUCGAGGCAGCCAUCCGCACUGUCGUCCAAAUUCAUAUCUGCGAAGAGAUUGAAGGGGAUAUCUUGCUGUUUCUCACUGGCCAAGAAGAGAUUGAGGAGGCUUGCAAACGGAUCAGGACUCAGGUCGACCAUCUCGGGCCUGACGUUGGUGAGAUCAGAUGCAUUCCACUGUAUUCGAGCCUGCCGCCCGCCCUUCAACAGAAAAUUUUCGAGCCGGCGCCCCCAAAAAAGGCAAAUGGAGCCAUUGGCCGGAAAUGCGUUGUUUCUACGAACAUCGCCGAAACGUCCCUGACCAUUGAUGGUGUCGUGUUCGUCAUCGACCCCGGAUUCGCUAAGCAGAAGGUCUACAAUCCAAGGAUCCGUGUCGAGUCCCUUCUCGUGUGCCCCAUUUCGAAAGCCUCUUCGAUGCAACGUGCUGGACGUGCUGGUCGUACCCGUCCAGGAAAGUGCUUCCGCCUCUAUACGGAGAAGGUCUACAACGAAGAGAUGCAGGAGCAGACGUACCCUGAGAUCUUGCGAUCAAAUCUCGGAUCUGUGGUUUUACAGCUAAAGAAACUUGGGAUCGAGGAUCUGGUGCACUUUGACUUCAUGGACCCGCCCGCGCCAGAGACGUUGAUGCGCGCCUUGGAGCUGCUGAAUUACUUAGCGGCAAUCAAUGACGAAGGAGAUUUGACCGAGCUUGGUUCGCUGAUGGCCGAGUUUCCGCUGGAUCCGCAGCUUGCAAAGAUGCUCAUCACUAGCACGGAAUUGUGUUGCAGCAACGAGAUCCUCUCAAUUGUCGCCAUGCUGUCGGUGCCACAAUGUUUCGUUCGCCCGGCUGAAGCCCGAAAAGAAGCAGACGAGGCCAAGGCUCGUUUUGCUCAUGUUGAUGGCGAUCAUCUCACCUUGCUCAACGUCUACCACGCUUUCAAGCAGAACCAUGGUGCUGCGAAUUGGUGCUACGAAAAUUUCAUCAAUUUCCGCACGAUGGCGAAUGCGGACAAUGUGCGUAAGCAGCUGGAGCGCAUCAUGGACAAGUUCAAUUUGCGCCGCAUCAGCACGGAUUUCAAGAGCAAGGACUACUACAUCAACAUUCGGAAAGCCUUGGUGGCUGGGUUCUUCAUGCAGGUCGCCCAUCUGGAGAGGAAUGGGCAUUAUGUCACCAUCAAAGAUAAUCAAAUCGUCAACCUCCACCCCUCGACGGUCAUCGAUCGCAAGCCGGAAUGGGCCCUGUACAACGAGUUCGUGCUGACCACCAAGAACUUCAUCCGGACGGUGACGGACAUCAAGCCGGAGUGGCUACUAGCCAUCGCGCCCCAGUACUACGACAUGUCAAAUUUCCAAGACGGUGAAGUCAAGCGAAAGCUCCACUACCUUGACAAAACGAUUAAAGCUAGGGGCUUU